AUGGCCGACCGUGUCUCAGGCCAGGGCACCAGUGCCCGUUUGGGCCUGUCCUUGGGCCGUCUGUGCCUCUGGAGGCACCAAGCUGCCCGUGUGCCCGCCUGUGUGCGUGGAGGGCCCAGCUUCUCCCUGCGGGCUCCAGGACCCGGUUACUCUCUCUCCGACGCCCCUGACACCCCGCCUGCCGCGCCGGGCCGAGCACGGGCAGGGGAGAAGCGGGAGGCCUCGGCCCGAGGCCCGUUUGCGCUGCUGAGCCCCUGGGAGAGCUUGGCCAGGGUUCCCUUCCCCGAGCCUCGCUUGCUCCAUCUGCGGAACAGCGGAGGGGCCGUUGGCUUCCCCCCUAGCGGAGCCCGUUGGUGCCCGCCCCCACCCCGAGGGCAGGAGCCGGGGAGCAGCCUGGCCCUUCCAGCUCCUUCUCUGAUCCCAAAAACUCUCCGGGGCCUGCAGGCCUCUGGGGCUGGAUCUUCGGGAGGUUUUUCCUCCGAGGGCGCCAGCCUGCCCCUUUUUGGGUCUGGGGCCCCUGAACGGCCCCGCCUGACCAGACCGCCGCGCUUCCAGACCCCUCUCGCGGCUGCUCGCGGCCCUCGGGGACCGAGCACUGAGCCCCCGCCCCCGCCUCUCACAGAACCCCGCAAGUUCCGGGGGCUGAGGUGCCCUAACAUUCUAAGGUUCUGCAAGCGCGUGAUUCCACACCCGGAGCCGGGACCCGAGGAGGCCGGGGCGCUCGCCGGUCCCCGCGCGGAUCCUGCCCCCCCAAAACCCCCUUGCGCCACCCUGCCCGGGCAGAGAACCAAAUUCAAGCGCCCUCUAGUGGCCACGGCUGACCGCAGCAAUUUAAAGCCCUUGGAAAGCUUCCCUUGCAUAGAGGCCUUCCCCAGUAGUCAGAUUUUCCAAGACGAGUCCUUGAGGUCCUUCUUCCCGGACUUGGGCUCCAGCAGGACCCUGCACUCGGACCCCAGCCCAAAGCUCUGCCAGCUGGAGCUGUGCCCCCGCAGGACAUGCCCCUCCCAGGAGAUAAUCGUGGGCAGGCAGCCCCUGUCCGUGGCUUCCCUGGGCUCGGAGGGCGACCUCCGGUCCCUGUCCGGUGUCCAUCUCCAGCCCCCGAAUAAGUGGAACCGAGCCCUGUUCGACUUGGACGACACAAACCUGUGUGUUAAUGGGGCCCUGUUCCCCUGCCUGCUGGCCUGCUACGUGGCCCACACCCAGGGCGAGUGCUGCUGUCUCCCCUACCUGCCCGGGGCCCUGGUGGCCAUGAGGACGUCCCUCCGGACCAGCCAGGGCAUUCAGGGAUCUAUAGCGGAGGACUGGCUGGUCAUGUGCUGUUGUCCAGUCUGUGGUCUCUGCCAGAUGGCACGGCAGCAGGAUAACCCCAGUACAUAAAAUAAAGGCAGCCCCCCCC